AGUUACGUCACUGAAGCUUCCCCGGGCGGAGAUUAAAAAGAAGCCGAAGUCCCCGAACAGAGCGUCAAGAUUCAGCGAGAGACGACAGAAGCGCUAAAUCCACUACAACACCCGCAUCAACCCCGACCCAUGGGGCAUCCCCUUCCAUACCUGCUCCCACCUUCCAACCAUCCUUAGCCUCCCUGGGGCAGAUCUGCUGCCUCCCUCAUCUGGUGCCACAGGACAUCAUUGGCAGCCUCCAUACAUGUCUCAUGCCCAGUUCUACUAUCGCUCAACCUCCAAACGAGCCAGAUCUUUCUUUUCCCCCUAUUGGCAGCAGUCUCUGUGCCUUUGCCUCUUCUCAGUGCCGCUGGGGCAUGUUGCGCCCAAUGUGAUGGAUGUAUCCCGACCCCGAGGGAUCCCGACAUUCCUUUGCGCUGCGCACUUUUCCUCAGCGCUCAAGCGGCAGAACUGAGAGGCAGAACCAUUUACACUUGCACUCGAUAGCACCCCAGUCCUAUUCCUCAGGCAGACAGGGCUAAGUGACUUACCUAUUGCCCCUCCUUGUGUGAUGCCGGAGCUAUGAGUGGCAAGCUGCUGGGCAAGCUACCAGUGAACAUGACCUCUCUGCUGCCGGAUUCCCUGUACCCCGAUGAGGGGCAGGAUCUGUCUGCGUCUCUAGCCAUCUACCCUGGCGAUCAGCACUAUCCCAUGUCUACAGAUAAUGUGAUAGACCUGGGCUUGAGCAAUGACAAAACCUCCCAGGAUCUCUCCUACAGUGGCACAUUUCAGCCAGGUAAUAAGACUGUCACUUAUUUGGGAAAGUUUUCCUUUGACUCACCCUCCAGUUGGUGCCAGGAAAAUAUAAUUAGCCUUAUGAGCACUGGCAUCCUUGGUGUGCCCACUUCACAAGCAACAAAUGCUGGAGGAAGUGGAAACGGUGGAAGUAACGGUGGCCUUAUGGGACAAAAUCAAAGUGAUGUGGAAUCAAUGUUUCAUGCCCUACCAUCAUAUGCUGGCUGCGGAGACCUGUACCAUGAGCAAGUAGGCUUCCAAGGAGGUGGCAUGGCACCCUACACCUCCCAGGAAUAUUCAUCUGCCAAACAGAGUUUGGACUUUCCUAUGAUACCAGACUAUAAUUUGUUCCACCACAACACAGAGAUGCCUCCAGUGGACCAAAAGCCUUUUCAGAACAUGGAGGCAAUAAGGGUCAAUCCACCACCCAUAACACCACUGGAAACGAUUAAGGCAUUUAAGGAAAAGCAGGUUUUGCCCAGUUUUGUAGGCAUGAGCCACCAACCCUCUCUUAUCCUGAAACCCAUUCGUCCCAGAAAAUACCCCAACCGCCCAAGUAAAACCCCUGUCCAUGAAAGGCCUCAUGCCUGCCCUGCAGAAGGCUGCGACCGUCGUUUCUCACGCUCCGAUGAGCUGACACGCCAUCUGCGAAUCCACACGGGACACAAGCCCUUUCAGUGUCGCAUCUGUAUGCGGAGUUUCAGCCGCUCCGACCACCUCACCACCCACAUUCGCACUCACACCGGGGAAAAGCCCUUUUCUUGUGAUUUCUGUGGACGCAAAUUUGCACGUAGUGAUGAGAGGAAGCGACACGCAAAAAUCCAUCUCAAGCAAAAAGACAAGAAAGGAGGGGACAUGGCUGUCUGCUCACCUUCUGUGGGUGGGGCACCAGCUGUAACCACCUGUGCUUAAAGGGAUACUGUCAUGGGAAAACAUGGUUUUUCUUUUCAAAACACAUCAGUUAAUAGUGCUGCUCCA